UUUUUCCUUCGCUUCCUGCUGUACUAUUUACUUUAGUGAAAAAAUUUUUCCACGACAGUUUUUUCCUAAGAAAUAGAGAGCGAAGGUAGGAGGAGCCCGACUGAGAAGUGUGUCUCUCUCUCUCUCUCUCUCUCGCUCUCUCUCUCUCUCACUCUCUCACACACACGCUCCCUCUUCCAUUCUGUCAUUGCCAUCUCGGCAGAACGGAGUCUGUUCAUUCCCAGCCACGCUGAAUGUGAGGGGAGGGACAGCACACGUUUGACUUUGUUUAAGUCCAAUUUCACAGAGGAAUAUUCUUUUUUUUCUUCACCACAUCCAAAGGAUCGGCAAGAACGAGGAAAACGAAAUUUUGCUUUGAGAGAGCACACUGACAUAAAACACAAUGGUCGCUGGAAUGCUGAUGCCCAUGCGGGAACUGAGGGCCAUCUAUGAGAUCCUGUUUAAAGAUGGUGUCAUGGUGGCCAAGAAGGACAAGAGGCCUCAGACCAUGCACCCUGAACUUGAAGGUGUGAGAAACCUACAAGUAAUCCGUGCCAUGGGGUCUCUCAAGUCUCGGGGCUAUGUGAAGGAGACAUUUGCCUGGAGACAUUUCUACUGGUACCUGACCAAUGAGGGCAUUGUUCACCUGCGUGACUACCUCCGCCUGCCCCCUGAGAUUGUCCCUGCAUCCUUGCAAAGGAUCAGGAAGCCAGCCGCCACCAUGGCCAUUGGCUACCGGGCUGCACAGGUCCAAACUGUGGAAGGUCCUACAUCUUAUGUUCCCAAGCCAGGACGCAGGGGAGAGGCAGAGAGCCAAGAGUCUCUGACUGAGCGUCACGGCUACCGCCAUUCGAUGAUGGGUCCCGGAGAAAAAGAGAGCUCCUCUGAUAGGACCCCCAGGUUUAGGGGUCGCCCGCUGGCUGCAGAACCAGUCAGGCCCAAAGCAUCAUGGGAGGUGGAGGACCAGCCUCAACCUCUGUUUGGUCGGGGGAACAGCUUCAGAAGUGAGGCAGCGGUGAUGGAGGAGAGCAAGGUAAGAAGAGUCUCUCGUCAGCAUCCUGAUGUGAGCAGUGAGAAGCCAGCAGCAACAUCACAGGAGAGAAGAGUGUCUGAAGUCCAAAAGGAGAGGGCACCAAUGUCUGUCCAGGUUCAGAGAGCAGCUUUGAAACAGGAUGCGCCGCAGACCACUCCAUCAUCAGUGUCCUCCAAGACAGCUCUACCAUUUACCAGGGCUUCAGGUGCUGUAACAUCAAAGAUUCCAGCUGAACCCUGGUCUCCUAAAACAAAUAAAGAGAAGCUCAAGAUCGCUGAUGAAAAAGCUUCCAUGAAGGCGGGUUAUGUUGUAACAAGCAAUUCAACUACCACAACUCUUGCUGUUACAGAGAUCAAAGAGGAGAAGACAAAAAAGGUGGCCAUGGAUCCAAUUAGACCUGCAGAGGUCAAGGCGACAGCUGAAACAGCAAAUUAUAAAGCAAAGCCCCAAACAGUUAUUACAAUGGCUGCUGCUGAGAAAACCACCAGUCUCCUUACUGCCACAACACCUGCCAAUAAAGAUGUGAAGGAAGAGACAACUAAAAAGGUGAUUGUUGAUCCAGUUAAAUCUGAUUCAGAGAUCAAAGAGGAGAAGACAAAAAAGGUGGCCAUGGAGGUGGCCAUGGAUCCAAUUAGACCUGCAGAGGUCAAGGCUUCAGCUAAAACAGCAACUGAUAACAUUAAUGCCCAGACAGUUAUCGCAAUGGCUUCUGGCCCUGUCAUCACAAAACUAGUCAAUAAAGAUUUAAAUGAAGAGAAGACAAAAAAGGUGAUUGCUGGUCCAGUUACAUCUUCAGAGGUCAAGGCUUCAGCUAAAACAGCACCUGAUGACAUGAAUACCAAGCCAGGUAUUCCAGUGUCUGCUGCUCAGGAAACCUCCAAACUCCCUGCUGCCAAUGCCACUCCCGUCCCUGUCAUCACAACACUAAUUGAUGAAGAGAAGCCUAGAAGAGCAAAGGUUAAUGAGAAACCAGUUAAACCGGCAGAACUGAAGGCCCCAGUUGAAUUCAAAAUGGAUGUUGAGAAGGCCAAGAAAACUGUCACUCAGGAGACCACCAAACCACAGCCCAACAGUACCACCAGCAAGCCAGUAAAGGAGAUGUCUAAAGUAAAGGUCACCCAGGAGCCCAUUGAUACCAAAGUGACUUCAGUGAAUCUCUCAUCAAAGCCCAAAACUGAUGAAGCUCCCCAGAAAACUACUAAGGUGACUGAGUCCUCAAUAAUUGAAGUUAAAACUACCAUUACUACCACGACUCUCUCAGCAACAAUGGUCUGUUCUGAAGACGCAAAACCCGUCAAGGGGAGAGCUACAGAAACGGAGAUCAUUACAAAACAUGAGAAAACUGAUGUAAAGGUGACUCCUCAUGUCCAGAAAGAUGUCAAAAUAGUGCCAGAAGAGGUGCUUAAAGUCUCAGUACAGGGUGUCACAUCCCCUCAACACAGUCAAAAUGUUGCCACCACGGAGGUGGUUAUGGAAACCAAACAAAUGGUUGAGGCAAGUUCUAAAUCAAAAAGGAAGAAAAAGAAAUCUCCAGGUGAGAGUUCCAAGAUCGUCAAUGCUGAGGAGCUGUCGGCCGUUAAGUUGGAGAAGGAAAAACCCUGUAUAGACAAGACGCCUGAGGAGGUGGCUGAAAAUACCCUCCAACCCCAACCACUUACCUCAGAGCCACUGAGCAUGUGUACCAGCACAAAGACUCAGGGACCUGUAGAGGAAUAUACGGCUCAGGCUAAAAUAGAUAGCAAUGGGGGGGAAAUAAAGGAAGACCCUAAACAAAUUCCAGGGAAGCCAAUAAUGGAAGUCCCAAAACAAACUGAGGACCAAAGUAUUUUUGAAGUGGCGUCCCUGCCAUUAGAUCAGACUCCAUUAGUGCCCCCAGUGGAGCGUCCCGACGGUGCACUAGUAAAAGUCAAGGUUGAGGGAAGCAGUGUCAGGAAAAUAACACAUGGACCGUCAUGCUCCGAGGACGAGUCAAAAGCUAAAUUGCCUCACAUGGAGACAGUGAAAUCUGAGGGAAUGACUGUGACUAAAGUGGAAACUGUGACCGUGCAGAAAAUAACUCAAGUGGAGCUCGUACAAGCAAGUCCCAAACCUGAGGGCAAAAGCCCUGCAACAGCGUCAGAAUCUCAGAAACCCACAGUUGACACUAAGUCUCUUUUAACUACAGGGAAAGCUGAGGAAUCUUCAAAGGGUAAAAAGAAAGGCAAAGGGAAGAAGCAGGCUCAGGCAACAGUAUCAGACACCAUGAACACAAAGCCUGUGUUUUUGCCUGAAGCCGAGGCAUUAGCGUCCACUGACGUCUCAUUAUUGCCCAAGGGUACAGUGAAAGACAGCCGUGUCACGACCUCUGAAGUGACUGAACUGAGCGUUUCUCCAAAGAAGACCCCCGAAAGAAUGUGCAAUGUGCAGGAAGCCAGGCAGGCAGCAGCUGUGCUCUGUGAGGCCCCGGCAGACAAAGGGGAGGUGGAGCCAUCGGGGCUCUGUGCAGAAAAAAUCAAGCGGGAGGUUCCGAAACCAAAAACAUCCUCCACUGCGAGGGAAGCACCCGCAGCCGGAGAAUUUGAGUCAGCAGCACCAGCGGCGAGAGCAGAGGCAGCUGCAGCUCAGGCACAGGCCAGCCCCUUUGGCAAGCAAGAGGAGCCUCCCAGAGUUGCACAACGUUCAGCCCGUCAGGCAGCAGAGCGCAGCACAGAGAAAAGGCUCUCUUUCGGCGAGGCCUCGAAGCAGAAGGAAGAGAAGAAGAAGGACUUGGCGGAGGACACACCCUCUGCCACUGCCACACCCGCAGCUGCCAAGCUUGACCAGGUGCACCUAGGGGACACCUGCGAGUCCGUCAGCCCUGACGCAGACGAAGCAGCCAUGAAGAGAAAAAUCGUAGUGGUUGAGGAGAUAGUUGAGGUGAAGCAGGUCAUCAGUCCAGAGGACACUGGGGAGCAGCCCCCUCCUCCACCUGUGCAACCCGAGGAGGAGGACGAGGACGAGGAACUGGACCUGGAUGUCCUGGAAGAGAUUGCCAUAGAGCGGGCACUUUUAUCGGCGCCGCCGCCGGGGGCCUGGAUGCGAGGAGCCUCACCUGAGGGAACCUGGGACCACUCACUGGACGAGCCAGAGGAGAAGACAUGGCCACACUUCAUUGAAGUCAACCCCUCGGCUCGGGCUAUCGCAUGUUACAGCGGUGAGAGAGAGAGGCGUCGGCUUCCAGUCAGAUGCACCGCUCCGUGCUGUGCGUGCAGAGAUGAACGAGAUCGAGUGCAGAAAAAGACCUUCACGAAAUGGGUGAACAAGCACCUGAUGAAGCAUCGGAGGGCAGAGUCGCAGCAUCACGUGACGGACCUGUAUGAAGACCUCCGAGAUGGACACAACCUGAUCUCGCUGUUGGAGGUCCUCUCCGGGGACACGCUGCCCAGAGAGAAGGGCCGCAUGCGAUUCCACAAACUGCAGAAUGUACAGAUAGCGCUGGACUUCCUCAGACACCGCCAGGUCAAGCUGGUGAACAUCAGAAACGAUGACAUAGCGGAUGGGAACCCCAAGCUCACCCUGGGGUUAAUAUGGACCAUCAUCCUGCACUUCCAGGUCUCCUCAUCUAUCUCAGACAUUCAGAUCAACGGCCAGUCGGAGGACAUGACGGCCAAGGAGAAGCUGCUGCUCUGGUCCCAGAGGAUGACGGACGGCUACCAGGCCAUCCGCUGCGACAACUUCACCACCAGCUGGAGGGACGGCAAGCUCUUCAACGCCGUCAUCCACAAACACCAUCCCAGACUCAUCGACAUGAACAAAGUGCACCAACAGACCAACCUGCAGAACCUGGAACAGGCCUUCACUGUGGCAGAGAGCGACCUGGGGGUGACCCGCCUACUGGACCCUGAGGAUGUCGAUGUCCCACACCCCGAUGAGAAGUCCAUCAUCACCUACGUGUCAUCCCUGUAUGACGCCAUGCCUCGGAUGGAUGUAGGCAGAGCCAACGAGCUGGAGCUGCGCUGGCAGGAGUACUACGAGCUGGUGACUCUUAUAAUCCAGUGGAUCCGCCACCAUGUCAUGAUCUUCGAGGAGAGGAAGUUCCCGGCCAGCUACGAGGAGAUCGAGCUCCUUUGGCGCCAGUUCCUGAAGUUCAAAGAGACGGAGCUGCCAGCGAAAGAGGGCGACAAGAACCGGUCCAAGCACAUAUACCAGUCCUUCGAGAGUGCCGUGCAUGCCGGCCAGGUGAAGGUCCCCCCGGGCUACCAUCCCAUUGACGUGGAGAAGGAGUGGGGUCGACUUCACGUGGCCAUCCUGGAAAGAGAACGUCUGCUCAGGAUCGAGUUUGAGCGACUCGAGAGGCUUCAGAGGAUUGUCAGUAAAGUCCAGAUGGAGUCGGCGUCGAGCGACAGCCAACUCAGCCACCUGGAGACCCUGCUGCAGACGGACAUCCGUCUGAUGAGCGCGGGGAAACCAGCUCAGCACACGGCAGAAUUGGAGCGGGAGCUGGACAAGGCCGACAACAUGAUCCGCCUGCUCUUCAACGAUGUGCAGAUACUCAAGGACGGGCGCCACCCUCAGGCUGAACAGACGUACCGCAGGGUUUACCGGCUCCACGAGCGCUUGGUGAACUUGCGCACCGAUUACAACCUGCGCCUGAAGAACACCGUGACGAUGAGCAAGGUUACCAUGACGCAGCAGAGCUCCGGGAGGAUUCGGCCCGAGAUGGAUGACGUGACCAUCCGCUACGUCAAAGACCUCCUGGCCUGGGUGGAGGAGAACCAGCUCCGCAUCGACGAGGCGGAGUGGGGCUCUGAUCUGCCCUCUGUGGAGUCCCAGCUGGGCAGCCACCGGGGCCUGCACCAAACGGUGGAGGACUUCCGAUCCAAGAUCGAACGGGCCAGGGCCGACGAGAGCCAGCUGUCUCCUAUCGGCAAGGGCUCGUACAGAGAAUACAUGGGUAAACUGGACCUGCAGUACGCCAAGCUACUGAACUCUUCCAAGUCCCGCCUGAAGAACUUGGAUUCACUCCACGCCUUCAUCGGCGCUGCCACUAAGGAGAUGAUGUGGUUGAAUGACAAAGAGGAGGAGGAGGUCAACUUUGACUGGAGCGACAGGAACACCAACAUGGCGGCUAAGAAAGACAACUACUCGGGUCUCAUGCGAGAGCUGGAGCUGAGGGAGAAGAAAGUCAAUGAUCUCCAGGUCAUGGGAGACAAACUUGUCCGGGAUGGACAUCCCGGCAAGAAGACGGUUGAAGCCUUCACAGCCGCCCUGCAGACUCAGUGGAGCUGGAUCCUCCAGCUGUGCUGCUGUAUCGAGGCUCAUCUCAAAGAAAACACAGCCUACUACCAGUUCUUUGCCGAUGUGAAAGAGGCUCAGGACAAGAUGAAGAAAAUGCAAGAGAACAUGAAAAAGAAGUACAGCUGCGACCGCUCCACCACGACCACGCGGCUGGAGGACCUGCUGCAGGACGCCGUGGAGGAGCGAGAGCAGCUGAAUGAAUACAAGACCCUUGCGACCGGCCUGAACAAGAGAGCCAAGUCCAUCAUCCAGCUGAAACCACGCAACCCCACCACCUCCAUCAAAGGCAAACUGCCCAUUCAGGCCAUCUGCGACUUCAAGCAGCAGGAGAUCACCGUCCAUAAAGGAGACGAGUGCGCGCUCCUCAACAACUCGCAGCCCUUCAAGUGGAAGGUGCUGAACCACUCGGGACACGAGUCGGUGGUGCCCUCCGUCUGCUUCAUGGUGCCUCCGGUCAACAAGGAGGCCGUGGACGGCGUGUCCAGCCUGGAUUCAGGUUAUCAGCAGAUGGUGACCAUGUGGCAGACGUUCCAUAUAGACAUGAAGAGCUUGCUGUCGUGGCAGUACCUGAUGAGGGACUACACGCAGAUACGCACCUGGAACAUCACCAUGUUGAGGACCAUGAAACAGGAGGAGUACAGGCUGAUGAUGAGGAACCUGGAGCUCCACUACCAGGACUACAUGCGCGACAGCCAGGACUCGCAGCUCUUUGGCCCCGACGACCGCAUGCAGGUCGAGGAGGACUACACCAAGUCCACAAAGCAUUUCGAACACCUGCUCCGCUCCAUGGAGAAAGGUCAACAGGAUGAAACUCUGUGCAUGAACUACAUCUCUGAGAUCAAGGACCUGCGCGUGAGCAUCGAGGACUGCGAGACGGGGACCGUGGCUCGCAUACGCAAACCUAUGGAGAAGGAACCUCUGAAAGAAUGUGUUCAGAAGACAGCAGACCAGCAGAAAGUCCAGGUGAAGCUUAAGGGCCUCAAGAAGGACCUUGACAACGUGUCUGUGAGGACAAAAGAGGUCUUGGCCUCCCCUCAGCAGUCUGCCUCGGCUCCUGUCCUGCGCUCAGAGCUUGAACUCACCGUGCAGAAGAUGGAUCAUGCCAGCAUGCUCUCCACGGUUUAUCUCGAUAAGCUGAAGACUGUGGAAAUGGUCAUCCGUAACACACAGGGUGCUGAGGGAGUUCUCAAGCAGUAUGAGGACUGUCUGCGUGAGGUUCACACCGUGCCCAGCGAUGGCAAGGAAGUAGAGGCUUACAGAACAACGCUUAAGAAAAUGCGAGUGGAGGCCGAGGGUGAACAGCCAGUGUUUGACUCUCUGGAAGAAGAGCUGAAGAAGGCCACCGCCGCGAGCAACAAGAUGUCCCGCGUGCACAGCGAGCGGGACGUCGAGCUGGACCACUACCGCCAGCUGCUGUCUGGUCUUCAGGACCGCUGGAAGGCCGUGUUCGCCCAGAUGGACAUCCGCCAGAGAGAGCUGGAUCAGCUCGGCCGCCAGCUGGGCUACUAUCGCGAGAGCUACGACUGGCUGAUCCGCUGGAUUUCUGACGCCAAGGAAAGGCAGGAGAAGAUCCAGGCCGUGUCCAUCACCGACAGCAAAACUCUCAAUGAGCAACUGACUCAGGAGAAGAACCUGCUGGAGGAGAUUGAGAAUAACAAAGACAAAGUUGACGAGUGUCAAACAUAUGCUAAAGGUUACAUUAAUACUAUCAAGGACUAUGAACUCCAGCUGGUUGCCUACAAAGCUCAUAUGGAUCCUCUUGCUUCUCCCUUGAAGAAGACCAAACUGGAUUCUGCCUCUGACGACAUCAUUCAGGAGUAUGUAACGCUGAGGACCCGGUACAGUGAGCUGAUGACUCUGACUAGUCAGUACAUCAAGUUCAUCACCGACACGCAGCGCCGCCUGGAGGACGAGGAGAAAGUUGCAAAGAAACUCAAAGCAGAAGAGCAGAAAAAAAUGGCCGAGAUGCAGGCUGAGUUAGACAAACAGAAGCAGUUAGCUGCAGCGCACGCAAAGGCCAUUGCCAAAGCUGAGAAAGAGGCUCAAGAGCUGAAGCUCAAAAUGCAGGAAGAAGUUAGCAGGAGAGAGAUUGCUGCUGUAGAUGCAGAGAAGCAAAAGCACAACAUCCAGCUGGAACUGCAUGAGCUCAAAAAUCUAUCUGAGCAACAGAUCAAGGACAAAAGCAACCUGGUGGAUGAGGCUCUUCACAGCAGGACCAAGAUUGAGGAGGAAAUCCACAUCAUCAGGAUCCAACUCGAGACGACAGUAAAACAAAAGUCUUCCGCGGAAUCCGAGCUCAAGCAACUUCGUGUAAGAGCAGCCGAAGCGGAGAAACUCAGAAAGGCCGCCCAGGAGGAAGCUGAGAAGCUCCACAAACAGGUCAAUGAGGAGACCCAGAAAAAGCGCGUGGCAGAGGACGAACUCAAACGCAAAUCCGAGGCAGAGAAAGAAGCUGCUAAGCAAAAGCAAAAAGCUCUGGAAGACCUGGACAAUCUCAAGAUGCAGGCCGAGGAGGCUGAAAGGCAAGUGAAGCAAGCCGAGAUCGAAAAGGAGAGACAAAUCAAGGUCGCACACGUGGCAGCCCAGAAGAGUGCCGCGGCUGAGCUCCAGAGCAAACAGAUCUCCUUUGUGGAAAAGACCUCGAAGUUGGAGGCAUCCCUCAAACAAGAGCAUGGCGCUGUCCUUCAGCUGCAACAGGAAGCGGCACAUCUCAAGAAACAACAGGAGGAUGCGAUAAAUGCCAGAGAGGAGGCAGAAAGGGAGCUUGAGAAGUGGAGGCAAAAAGCUAAUGAGGCCCUCCGUCUCAGACUCCAGGCUGAGGAAGAAGCUCACAAAAAGAGCCUCGCUCAAGAAGAUGCUGAGAAACAAAAGGAGGAGGCUGAGCGUGAGGCUAAAAAGAGAACCAAAGCUGAAGAGUCGGCCCUGAAGCAGAAAGAGAUGGCCGAGAAAGAGCUCGACAGGCAGCGGAAGGUAGCUGAGAGCACAGCUCAGCAGAAACUCACCGCGGAACAGGAACUGAUACGACUUCGGGCCGACUUUGACAACGCAGAACAGCAGAGGUCCCUCCUUGAAGAUGAACUGUACCGCCUGAAGAAUGAAGUCGUCGCAGCGCAACAACAAAGGAAGCAGCUGGAGGAUGAGCUGGCCAAAGUGCGGAGUGAAAUGGAUAUCCUCAUUCAACUGAAGUUCAAGGCAGAAAAGGAGACCAUGUCCAACACGGAGAAGAGCAAACAACUUCUUGAGGCUGAAGCCAGCAAGAUGAGGGACGUGGCGGAGGAAGCCAGCAAGCUUCGAGCCAUCGCAGAGGAGGCCAAGCAUCAGAGGCAAGUUGCUGAGGAAGAGGCAGCUCGUCAGAGAGCGGAGGCUGAGAGGAUUCUCAAAGAGAAGCUGGCUGCAAUCAGCGACGCCACUCGUUCCAAAACAGAGGCCGAAAUCGCCCUGAAAGAGAAAGAGGCUGAAAACGAAAGACUCCGCCGUCAAGCAGAGGAUGAGUCGUACCAGAGGAAAGCUCUUGAAGACCAGGCUAACCAGCACAAGCAAGAGAUUGAGGAAAAGAUCGUCCUACUCAAAAAAUCCUCUGAGGCUGAAAUGGAUCGACAGAAAGCAAUAGUGGACGACACUCUGAAACAGAGGCGAGUCGUCGAAGAAGAAAUCCGAAUUCUGAAGCUCAACUUUGAAAAGGCCUCAUCUGGAAAACUUGAUCUGGAGCUGGAACUGAACAAGCUCAAGAACAUUGCGGAGGAGACUCAACAGAGCAAACUAAGAACUGAGGAAGAGGCGGAGAAACUAAGGAAGCUUGCCCUUGAGGAGGAGAAGAGGAGGAGGGAAGCGGAGGAGAAGGUUAGGAAGAUCACCGCUGCAGAGGAAGAGGCAGCCAGACAGUGCAAGGCCGCCCAAGAAGAGCUCGCUCGUCUGAAAAAGAAAGCCGAAGAGGCCAGGAAGCAGAAAGACGUGGCCGACAUCGAAGCAGAAAAACAGAUUGUUGCAGCCGAACAAGCAGCCCUGAAAUGCAAUGCAGCUGAGCAUCAAGCCCAAAGUGUCCUCGCCCAACAGAAGGAAGACAGCAUCAUGAAGAAGAAGCUUCAGGCAGAGUACGAGAAAGCCAAGAAGCUAGCCAAGGAGGCAGAGGCCGCCAGGGAGAAGGCAGAGAGGGAGGCGGCUCUGUUUCGCCAACAAGCAGAGGAAGCAGAGCGGCAGAAGGCCGCGGCCGAGCAAGAGGCUGCAAACCAGGCCAAAGCUCAGGAGGAUGCGGAAAGGUUGCGGAAGGAGGCUGAAUUUGAAGCUGCCAAACGAGCACAAGCAGAAACUUCAGCACUCAAGCAGAAGCACCAGGCCGACGCUGAGAUGGCAAAGCACAAAAAACUGGCAGAGCAAACAUUGAAACAGAAGUUCCAAGUGGAGCAAGAGCUCACAAAGGUUAAACUGAAGCUUGACGAUACCGAUAAACAGAAAUCCGUCCUGGAUGAAGAGCUGCAGCGCUUGAAGGAUGAGGUUGAUGACGCUGUCAAACAAAGGGGCCAGGUAGAGGAGGAGCUCUUCAAGGUCAAGGUUCAGAUGGAGGAGCUGCUCAAACUGAAAAUCAGAAUUGAGGAGGAAAAUCAACGCCUCAUCAAGAAGGACAAAGACAACUCUCAGAAAUUCCUUGCCGACGAGGCUGACAUUAUGAAAAGGCUCGCUGAGGACGCCGCCAGACUUAGUGUUGAAUCCCAAGAGGCUGCACGCCUGAGACAGAUUGCAGAAGAAGACCUCAAUCAGCAACGAGCUCUUGCAGAGAAAAUGCUCAAAGAGAAAAUGCAGGCCAUACAGGAGGCAUCUCGACUUCGAGCUGAGGCGGAGAUGCUCCAAAGACAGAAGGACUUGGCUCAGCAGCAGGCACAACAGCUGCUAGAGGAUAAACAACUAAUGCAACAGCGUCUGGAAGAAGAGACGGAGGAAUACCAGAAGUCACUUGGAGCGGAGAGGAAAAGGCAGUUGGAGAUUGUAGCUGAAGCCGAAAAACUCAAACUCCAAGUUUCUCAGCUCAGCGAAGCCCAGGCCAGAGCCGAGGAGGAGGCCAAAAGAUUCAAGAAGCAAGCUGAUAAUAUUGCUACCCGCCUUCAUGAGACGGAGAUAGCCACCAAAGAAAAAAUGACUGCAGUGAAAAAAAUGGAAGACGAGAGAGUCAAUACCAGCAAAGAGGCUGGCGAUUUACGCGACGCAAUCGCAGACCUAGAGAGGGAGAAGGCUAGACUGAAAAAAGAAGCAGAAGAACUUCAAAAUAAGUCUAAAGAGAUGGCUGAUGCACAGCAGAAACAAAUUGAACAUGAGAAGACGGUGCUCCAGCAGACAUUCCUGACAGAGAAGGAGAUGCUUUUGAAGAAGGAGAAGCUAAUUGAAGAUGAGAAAAAGAGGCUGGAGAGCCAGUUUGAAGAAGAAGUCAAAAAGGCCAAAGCUCUCAAAGACGAACAGGACCGCCAGAGACAGCAGAUGGAGGAGGAGAAGAAGAAACUCCACGCUACCAUGGAUGAGGCCCUCAAUAAACAAAAAGAGGCUGAGAAAGAUAUGCUUAACAAGCAAAAAGAAAUGCUGGAACUGGAGAAGAAGAGACUCGAGCAGGAAAAGAUUCUUGCAGAAGAGAACCAGAACUUGCGCCAGAAGCUGCAGCAGCUUGAGGAAGCACAACACACUAACAAAGAACAGCUCGUCGGUGUUACAACUGUUGAAAUAACAAAGACUAUUUACAAUGGACAAAAUGCCAGUGAUGUGGUAGACAGUGUGGAGAAUAGACCAGAUCCCUUGGCUUUUGACGGCAUACGUGAGAAGGUACCUGCAAGCAGACUUCAUGAGGUUGGCCUUUUAUCCAAGAAGGAGUUUGACAAGCUAAAAAAAGGCAAAACAACUGUUCAAGAGCUUGGUGAGACUGCAAAACUUAAAACAACUCUUCGAGGAAAGAAUUGCAUUGCUGGAGUUUUGACACCAUCUAAUCAAAAAAUGUCAAUCUAUCAAGCAUCAAAAGAGAAGAAGAUUACUCCUGGCACAGCCAUGAUCCUUCUUGAAGCUCAAGCAGCUACAGGUUACAUGUUAGAUCCUAUUAAGAACCAGAAGCUUUCUGUUAAUGAGGCUGUCAAGGAAGACUUGAUUGGCCCUGAACUGCACAACAAAAUGCUUUCAGCAGAGAGGGCAGUUAUUGGCUACAAAGAUCCAUACACUGGUGGAAAGAUCUGUGUCUUUGAAGCCAUGAAGAAGGGUCUGAUCGAACGUGAUCAUGCCAUCAGAGUCCUUGAGGCUCAGCUUGCAACUGGUGGCAUCGUCGAUCCUAUCAAUAGUCACCGUGUACCCAAUGAAAUUGCCUACAAACAGGGACAAUAUGAUGUUGAAAUGAAUAAGAUUAUGGAGAAACCUUCAGAUGACACAAAGGGAUACUUUGACCCCAGCACUCAGGAACCAUUGACAUAUUCUGAGCUAAUGACAAGAUGCACUACAGACCCUGACACCAAUCUGCUACUCCUGCCAAUCACGGACAAAGCUGCUCAGUGCUCAAGUAUAUACACAGAGGAGGAGACCAAGGAUCUGUUCAGCAACACAACUGUGGCUGUGCCAUUCGGACGAUUCAAGGGGAAGACUGUCACCAUUUGGGAAAUAAUCAAUUCUGAGUACUUCACUGAGGACCAGAAGAAGGACCUUCUCCGUCAAUACAAGACAGGCAAAAUCACCAUCGAAAAAAUCAUUAAGAUUGUCAUUACUGUGGCAGAGGACAAAGAGAAGAAGAAUGAGAUUACUUUUGAUGGUUUGAGAGCACCUGUACCUGCCACUGAACUCCUGGAAUCCAAAAUCAUUGACAAAGACCUCUACAACAAAUUGCACAAGGGCAAUAAGACAGUAAAAGAAGUGUCUGAAAUGGAGCCUGUCCACAAAGCACUGAAGGGUACAAACUGCAUUGCAGGUGUAAUGAUUGACUCAUGCAAGGAGACAAUGUCCUUCUAUCAAGCUAUGAAGAAAGACAUGAUGAGGGCAGGGCCUGCCCUUAAUAUGCUUGAAGCCCAAGCAGGAACAGGCUACGUGGUUGACCCUGUUCAUAAUCAGAAGUACACUGUUGAUGAAGCUGUCAAAGCAGGUGUUGUUGGUCCUGAGCUGCAUGAAAAACUCCUCUCUGCAGAGCGAGCUGUUACAGGUUACAAGGAUCCUUACACUGGCAAGACAGUGUCUCUGUUCCAGGCAAUGAAAAAAGAUCUCAUCCCUAAAGAACAAGGAAUCCGACUGCUUGAUGCCCAGAUGACCACUGGUGGUAUCAUUGAUCCAGGAAAGAGCCAUCACAUUCCUCAUGAUGUGGCCUGCAAGAGAAGUUAUUUUGAUGAUGAAAUGAAACAAAUUCUUAACAGUCCCACUGAUGAAACUAAGUGCUUCUUUGACCCCAACACAAAAGAAAACGUCACAUACUCUCAGCUCUUCAAGAGAUGUGUCACUGAUGAGAAAACUGGCCUCCAGCUUCUGCCUCUUUCUGAUGAAGCAAUUCAUGCAAACGAGGAGCCAACAUACAGUGACGCCCAGACAAAAGAGGCUAUGACUCAGGCAACUGUGGAGCUUGACUCUGGACCAUUUAAGGGCAGGAAGAUGACCAUCUGGGACAUCAUCAACUCCGAAUAUCUCACUGAGGAACAAAGGCUUGACCUGCUCAGACAGUUUAGGUCAGGAAAGAUUACAAUUGAAAGGUUAAUCACAAUUGUCAUCACAAUUGUAGAUGAGAAAGAGACCAAGAUACGAGAACAGUCCAGCUUCAAGGGCCUGAGAGCUCCGGUUGCAGCAGCCUCUCUGUAUGACUCCAAAAUCAUUGACAAACCAACCUUUGACCUCCUUCAACAAGGCAAAACAACACCUAAACAAGUCAGUGAGAAUCCUAAUGUCAAUAAAUAUCUCCAGGGCUCUGAUAGCAUCGCUGGCAUCUAUCUGGAGCCAACCAAAGAGAAAAUAAGCAUUUAUCAGGCUAUGAAGAAAAAGCUCCUCAGACACAACACAGGUCUUUCACUUCUUGAGGCCCAGGCUGCCACUGGGUUUCUUGUAGAUCCAGUGAGGAAUCAGUGCCUGACAGUAGACGAGGCAGUGAAGUCAGGACUUGUUGGUCCAGAGCUACAUGAAAAACUUCUUUCUGCAGAAAAAGCUGUCACUGGCUAUAAAGAUCCAUUCACGGGUAACAAAAUCUCCCUCUUUGAAGCAGUGCAAAAAGAUCUCAUCCUGAAAGAACAUGCCAUGCCUUUGAUUGAGGCACAGAUGGUUAGUGGAGGAAUCAUUGACCCUGUAAAGAGCCACCGUGUCCCAACAGAUGUUGCAUAUCAGAAGAACAUUUUCAGCAAAGAAAUUGCUCAGACCCUAUCUGAACCAUCUGAUGACAACAAGGCUUUCUCAGACCCAGAAACCGAUGAGAAUGUUACUUACAGACAGCUUAAAGACAAGUGCCACAGAGAUCCGGAGACAGGCCUGUACAUCCUUCCACUCUCCAAGCCUCAGUCUCCAACUGUUGUGGAGAAGACAUACCUCUACACAGAGGAACAAACACAGAGUGACCUGACAGACACCCAGAUUGAAAUUCCAAUCGAGGGCCUUGCUGACACACCAGUGAACCUGUGGGAAAUUAUGAACUCAAAUUUGCUUCCAGAGCAAGAGAGGCAGAAGCUCAUGGAUGAAUAUCGCUCUGGUAGAAUCACUAAAGAGCGGAUGAUCAUCAUUAUUAUUGAGAUCAUGGAGCAGAGAGAGAUCAUCAUAAAUGAUAAUCCACUGUCAUAUAAGACUAUAAGGAGACGGAUAACGGUUGAGGAGCUCUACAAUGCCCGCAUCAUUGACUUGGAGACGUACAACCUCCUUAAACAGGGCAAGAGGGACAUCCGUGACAUAAUGGAGAUGACCAAUGUGAAACAGUAUCUCUAUGGCACAGGCUGUGUUGCUGGGGUCACAACAGACUCAAGCUCCAAGAUAAGCAUAUACCAAGCAAUGAAGAGAGGUUUUAUCAAGCCAGAACUAGCCCUCAGCCUCCUUGAAGCACAAGCUGCAACUGGAUUCAUUGUCGAUCCAGUUAAAAAUGAAACACUCACGGUUGACGAAGCUGUGCGUAAGGGUGUUGUUGGCCCUGAGAUCCACGAUAAACUUCUUUCAGCUGAGAGAGCAGUCACUGGAUACAAAGAUCCAUACAGUGGGAAAAUCAUAUCUCUUUUCCAGGCCAUGAAAAAGGAUCUUGUUCCAGAGGAUUAUGCUCUAAAAAUGUUAGAGGCACAAACCGCCACUGGUGGUAUUAUUGAUCCAGAAUUCCAGUUCCACCUGCCAGCAGACAUUGCCAUGCAAAGAGGUUACAUCAACAAGGAAACCAACGAGAAGCUGACUGACCGUGUUAAGGGAUUCAUUGACCCUGUCAAUGAUGAAGACCUGUCAUAUGCACAGCUGCUCAAGAGAUGCAAGUUAGAUGGUGGGUUGCGCCUACUCUCCAUGGGAGACAAGAGACUGAUGUUCAAGGGUCUGAGGAAACAGAUCACAAUGGAAGAGCUGAUCCGCUCACAAAUUAUUGACCAGCAGACUGUCACUGAACUGAAUGAAGGUCUUAUUUCAGUGGAGGAGGUUAGCAGUAGACUAGCGAGGUACCUUGAGGGCACAAGCUGUAUUGCUGGUGUAUUUUUAGAGUCCUCAAAGGAUCGUCUAUCAAUUUACCAGGCCAUGAAAAAGAAUAUGAUUAGGCCAGGCACAGCAUUUGAACUCCUUGAGGCACAGGCAUCCACAGGAUAUGUUAUUGAUCCCAUCAAAAACCUUAAACUGACUGUCAAUGAUGCAGUGAAAAUGGGUAUUGUAGGACCCGAAUUCAAAGACAAGCUCCUCUCUGCUGAACGUGCAGUCACCGGAUAUAGAGAUCCUUAUUCAGGCAAGACAAUCUCCCUGUUCCAGGCCAUGAAAAAGGGGCUCAUCUUGAAAGAUCAUGGAAUCCGUCUCCUUGAAGCCCAGAUUGCCACUGGUGGAAUCAUUGACCCAGAGGAAAGUCACCGUCUGCCAGUUGAGAUGGCAUACAAACGUGGCUUCUUUGAUGAGGAAAUGAAUGAGAUCUUGACAGAUCCAUCUGAUGACACUAAAGGCUUCUUUGACCCCAACACUGAAGAAAACCUAACCUACCUCCAGCUCAUGGAGAGGUGCAUCACUGAUCCUGACACUGGGCUGGUGCUCCUGCUUUUGAAGGAAAAGAAGCAGGAAAGGAAGACCUCCUCAAAAUCCUCCGUUCGUAAACGCAGAGUUGUCAUCGUAGACCCUGAGUCUGGUAAAGAAAUGACUGUGUAUGAGGCCUACAGGAAGGGACUUAUUGACCAUCAAACAUACCUGGAACUUGCUGAGCAGGAGUGUGAAUGGGAAGAGAUCACAAUUACUUCCUCUGAUGGUACUGUCAAAUCAGUUAUUAUUGACAGAAGGUCUGGCAGACAGUACGAUGUUGAUGAUGCUCUUUCACGUGGCCUCAUUGACCAGAAUGCCCUUGAUUUAUACCGAUCUGGAAACCUGGCCAUCACAGAAUUUGCUGAUAUGCUUUCUGGCAACAUGGGAGGCUUCCGCUCACGCACAUCCUCCUUUGGUUCCACCACUGGUUCUACCUACUCCUCUCCCAUGAGCCCCAUACCCACCAUUAAACCACCUGCAGUCAUAUGGAAUGACCCGGCAGAGGAGACUGGCCCUGUAGCUGGAAUGUUGGACAUAGACACACUGGAGAAGGUGUCUAUUACUGAGGCCAUACACAGAAACCUGGUAGACAACAUCACUGGCCAAAGAUUGUUGGAGGCCCAAGCCUGCACAGGAGGAAUAAUUGAGCCCACAACUGGAGAGAGAUUCUCAAUCGCUGAUGCAACAGAAAAAGGCCUUGUGGAUAAAAUCAUGGUUGAUCGCCUGAGCCUGGCUCAAAAAGCAUUCAGUGGAUUUGAAGACCCCAGGACUAAAAUAAAGAUGUCUGCCUCCCAGGCUCUUAAGAAAGGCUGGUUGUAUUAUGAAGCUGGACAGCGUUUCCUUGAGGUCCAAUAUCUGACUGGUGGACUUAUUGAGCCUGAUGUCGAGGGCAGAGUGACACUAGAUGAAUCUAUCAGGAAGGGCACAAUUGAUGCCCGCACUGCCCAGAAACUGAGAGAUGUCGGUGCUUAUUCUAAAUAUCUAACAUGUCCAAAAACCAAACUGAAAAUCUCCUACAAAGAUGCAAUGGACAAGAGCAUGGUCGAAGAAGAAACAAGCCUGAGACUUCUGGAGGCCUCCUCACAAUCCAGCAAAGGCCUCUACAGUCCCUACAAUGUCAGUAACCCUGGAUCUGCCUAUGGCUCCCGGACUGGCUCAAGGACCGGAUCCCGAACAGGCUCCAGAAGAGGCAGCAUUGAUGCUGGCUUUAGCACGAACAUCUCCUCCUCCUCCUUCACAUCCUCUUCAAGUGGCUUUAGCCGCAGAUUCUGAUUCGCUAGUUCUGUUCCUAACAAUAGUCCUAGCGUCUAAGAAUUAACAAUAAUAAUGCACUCUACAAUUGCAUUUUUCAUAUUAAAAAGAAUAGUUAAAGAAAAUAUUAUUUAUUUAUUCUGCCCUCAAGAAUUGACAAGGCUUUUUUUUUCAUAUAACAAUUGGGUAAACAUGUGCCUCAUAUAUGGAGACACAAACAAACAUUGCUAGAUAUAUAUUAUGCUUUUUUUCUUUAGUACUAAUUACUAAGUCAGUUUAUAUUUUUCAAAGCAAAGCAUGACAUUUCUGUGACUUCAUAGUUUUCAUUUUACACUUGUUAAAAAGUUGUAUACUUGUGCUUUCUGAAACUAAUAUAUACAGAGAUAUUUUUCCAGUAGUCCUUUGAAAUUCAAGGAUAUUUGUCUAUUUUUUAUCUUUUUCGACACCACUUAAUGAGAUCUACGUCGACAUAGUUUCUAAUGUUUUUAACAGAUUCUAAAAUACAUAGAUGCCUUUCUGAAUGUUUGUAUAGAGUUAUGGAAAAAUGAUGCGUGUUAAAUGUUGUCUGGGUAACUAAAUAAUAUACCCAGUAAGAAUACACCUGUGAGACGCUGCAAAAUGGGACACUACAAUAUAUUUUAAAAAAACGUGCCAGAAUUAAAAUUAUGCAGACUUUUCUGAAACCAGUUUCACAUCCGUCAUUAUUUUUUAACUCAUGCCCAUUUAUAUUUAGAGGAUAUUUUUGCAUCCUUUGGGUUCAUUAUUUGACACACUCCAAGUUUUAGAUUUUAUAUAUCAGUCAAGUGUUCCUGGUUAAUCCCAAGAUGAUGUCAGAUCCCCCAUACAGACCUGCGUCCAGUUCUUUUGGUUCUUUAUAUGAACACAGAUACCGAGUCGGCCGCAGCAAACAAUCCUCUCAACUUGGAUGGCUUUGUGAGUCCAUGUCACCCUCACGCAGUUACACAGAUCUUCCAUUUGAGUACAUCCUUUCUUCCAUUGCACAUCCCAUUUGAAGAGAGCUGAGGCCGAGUCAACCUGAAACCAUCUUGGGAUACCUUUCUAGGAACACUUUUCAUUCAUUACCUUUUUUCAUAUAUGUAUUACUUGAAUGCUAUUAGUGAUAGCUGUGUGGUCAUAUCCAGAUUUUUUUUUAUAAGAACACUCCCAAACCAUACACACAUCUGCAUGUGUAUUAUUUCUUUUAAAUUGGCAUUUACUGUCAUGGUAGAGCAGCACAUCUUCAUUUAGCUGCUCUUAAUUCCACUGAGUAUAUUUUUGUAUUUUCUCUCUGUGAAUCCAAUCCUACCAAAGUGCUCAAAAGAUGCAUCGACAUGUUUGAUACAGCACCAAUUUUGCAUGAAUGUAUGUAUUGUAUCAAAUUAUCAGUUGACAUUUGCCACUGAUUUUCUUUGCAAACUGAAAAAGAGCUUGAUGCUUUAUUUUGCCUAUAGUUAUUUUUCCACAACAAGUAUUUCUGUUCUGUAUAUCUCUAAAGUGUUUUACCUAUGUACAUCUUUUUAAUUUGUUUGCAUCACGUUCUUUUGAUAUAUCAUGAAUUUGCCUUGCAUGUUUUGCCAACCGUACAGAGGAUUUUUGGGGAUAAUGCUAAUGUAAAAUAAAGACAACAACGACUGUGCUGAUUAAAUUCGUUAGCAAUAUUUCAUUUUACAAACUAACUGGUUUGUUUUGCCUUUGGGUUUUGCUUUGAAUGAUGUGGUGAGUGGAUUAUGUUGUAAGUUCUGACCAGUAACACUAUGUUGUAAAUAAAUAUGCUCUGACCAGG